UCAAUCAUUUACCAUCAUUAUUACCGGGUAAAUCUUGUGGAACCUGCCCCAAAGUUACACCGGUUUGCCCGGAUGGGCGGCCUUGUUCCCGACUAUUAAAAGCACGGCCUGUGUGUUGUUCUGUCUCUGUGCUGAUCUGUCUGGGCCUGAAAAUGAAGAGGCUAUCGAAAAUAUACUGCCUUGUGGUGGUCAUCGUUGCAUUGGCGGAGUUGGGUGAAUGUGGCAAACGAAUCAAAAGCAACGUAAACAACAAGAAGAAAAAACAACCUGUACGCCACUCAGAACCACGGUCUCUGCCAUACGAAGAAAUCCUGAGGUUCAAAACAAAGAGGAGGCAACAGCUCCGAGCUAGACUUAGGCUAGAUAACUCAACGCUCAACGACAACUCAACGCUCAACAACAAUUCAACGCUCAACAACAACGAGACGACCACUACUACACCCAAACCACCGCAAGUCGUCUGCUAUGGCGAUCUGGGCUGUUUUUCGGAUGAGUAUCCGUUUGACAAUACCGGCGCCGUGCCACAAUCCCCUGAGUUCGUCGACACCAAGUUCUUUGUGUUUACAAGAAGCAACCCGACCAUUGAAGAACGUCAGGAGAUAUCGUACGAGGACCCGUCCAGCCUCCGCAUGUCCCAUUUCAACCCCAAGAACCCGGUGAGGAUUCUGAUUCACGGCUUCUUCAGCAAUCCGAUCUCGACACCGCCAUUUUGGCCAGGUGACGCCAUGAGGGAGACACUCAAGCGGGACGACGUAAACGUCAUCAUCGUGGACUGGAGUAAAGGUGCUGCGGCCCCGAACUACUUCGCGGCGGCGUCCAACACCCGCAUAGUGGCGGCACAGCUCGCCAAGCUCAUCGUGUUCCUGAUGGAGGAGACGGGAUGUAGUCUGGAACAGUUUCACCUGGUGGGGCACAGUCUGGGGGCGCACACAUCCGGCCUCGUGGGAGCCAGGCUACCCGGUCUACCCAGGAUCACAGGUUUGGAUCCCGCCGAGCCGUUCUUCGAAGACGAGGACCCGGCGGUGAGACUAGACGCCACGGACGCUCUCUUCGUGGACGUGAUCCACACGGACGGCGGGGAGAUCCUGUCCGGGGCCUGGGGCCUGGACCUGCCGUCAGGACACGUGGACUUCUACCCAAACGGCGGGAAGGGACAGCCGGGCUGCGGCAACACGUGGCUCAGUGCCAUCGGCAGUCUAUUCGACUCCUCCCAAGCUUUGACUGACUCCAUGGACUGUAGCCACAAACGAGCGUACCAGUACUACAUCGAGUCCAUCAACAGCCCCUGCAAGUUCGUCUCCUACCCCUGCCGCAGUUACGACGACUACGUCGCCGGCAGAUGUUGGGACUGCUCCAACAACGCAUGCCCGGUGAUGGGGUAUGACCUAGACUCCAACCUGAACGCCCGUGGAAGUGUCUACCUGACUACCAAAGAAAACUCACCUUUUUGUUCAUUCGAGUACAGAGUGGUGUUGAAGACAAAGCCCGGGAUGCAGUUCUGCAGAGGCGAAAUCACGAUCAACAUAGCGGGGACUUACCAAAGCACCGGUCCCAUCAACUUCUUUGAGGACGCCUCGUAUGGGAUUGACGAGAACACCGAGUAUCGCGGUAUUUUCGCAUCAAACGUUCGACUCGACACAGUAAAGGAGUUGAGCCUGACCUACACCGAAACAACCAGCUUUUUAUUCUCGUGGGGUAACUAUGGCGAUGUUGAGAUAGAGAGGGUCGACAUACAGUCCAACACUGGCAUAGGUGCAUCUUUCUGCGGGGAUGUCCUGGUGAGAGAUGGGAGCAUGACAUCCAUAACAACCUUCAACAACUGUUGACAACGUUCUAAAGAGAUGAUAUGUCCAAAAAAGCACUAAAGAAACAAGAAUAACAACAUACCAUUGUCCUGACACGAUCAAAUAGGGAUUGUGUACAUUAAUUUAACCUCGGGUACGGAUAGAUAAAGCUACAGUAAUCGGUUACAGAGGUACACUAGGAUAAGGUGCAAGUCCUGUACCUGUACAUGAACAACUUGACAAGGUAAACUGAGGACAGAGACAUGAAUAAACAGUGAACAGAAUGUUAUCUGCUAA